AUGAGUGCCAAAGUGAACAUGGAGGCUCUACCCAAAGAAGCCGAUCGCACCCCUUUGGAUCCGUGCUCCUCGUCCCCUAGCGAGGCCGUCCUCAUCUGUGGGAGUGAUGGUGUGGCCAAGAAGGCUCGGCCCCAAACCCACACCACCACGGCUUUCCUCCUACCAGCUCCUGCUGUCAGUCAACAGAAGAUCGAGGUGACUCCCGCUGUUGCCAUGGGAGACCCAGGUAAAGGAGGCACUCCCACCCUCACUGCACAGGUGGGCGGGGCUUGUAGCAUCGUCCACGUCCUAGAGUGGAAGGAGGGGAUGGCCAUCCUGCCCAGCAGCAACCUCAAGUUCUGUGUGAGUGAUGUAGGAACAUUGAGCACGCUGAUCACUCCAGCGGCCGCCAGCAGCACCACUGAACCAGCAGCCGGGACUUCUGGGAGAUCCGCUGACGCAGAGAGAGCUCCAGCAGACAAGCCAGACGUCUCGGCUCCUGUCGGCUCUGUGAGAGGUGCAGUAGUGGAGCCAGAGAGGUUGGUGCCGGUCAAACUUGAGGUCCAGGUUGGACUGGGACAUCAGAACUAUGAUGCCAGAGCUCAGAGGACCUACACAGAGGAGCUACGCAGAGAGCCCAUCACUGACAAGAGGAGUGUCGGGGUGGAGAAGGUGCCAGCAGGCGGGAGGGUCUCCUCCCUUAACCUAGAUCACCUGAAACCCAUGAGGAAGAGGAAAAGGAAGGAAUACCUGAGUCCCUCUGAGGAAGACUCUGACAACGAAGGCACGGAUGAGAAAAUGGAUGAUUCUAAAGCAGACGGCAGACACAUCAGAGGAGCUGGAGACAGUAAGACAGAGCAGUGGACGUGGGCUCAGUAUCUGGAGGAAACCAAAGCUGUUGCUGCGCCCAACAAGCUUUUCCAAGAGACCCAGAGAGUGCCAACAGUGAAGAACGGCUUUAAGCAGGGGAUGAAGCUGGAAGGCAUCGACCCGCAGCAUCCGUCCAUGUACUUUGUUCUCACUGUGGCCGAGGUGUGCGGAUACCGUCUGCGGCUUCAUUUUGACGGCUACUCUGAUUGCCACGACUUCUGGGUGAAUGCCAACUCCCCCGACAUCCACCCUGCAGGGUGGUGUGAGAGCACAGGACACAAACUGCACACUCCCAAAGGCUGUAAAGAGGAGGAGUUUACCUGGACCAACUACCUGAGAAUGACUAAAGCACAAGUGGCGACCAAAGAACUCUUUGCCAGUCCUGGGAGGAUCGAUGUGAAGUGCAGCUUUGAGAUAGGAAUGAAGCUUGAGGCCGUCGACCGUAUGAACCCCUCCCUCAUCUGUGUAGCAACCGUCACUGACAUGGUGGACGAGCGCUUCCUGGUUCAUUUUGACAACUGGGAUGAUACAUACGACUACUGGUGUGAUUCCAGCAGUCCGUACAUUCACCAUAUUGGUUGGUGCCAGGAGAGGAACCUCCCCCUAACACCACCCCAAGAUUACCCAGACCAGGCCCGGUUCUCCUGGUCUCAGUACCUGGAGGAGACUGGUUCAAAGGCGGUGGCUGCUGACGCCUUUAAUGUGCGAGCGGCACACAGCUUCCAGCCUCAGAUGAAACUGGAGGCUGUGGACAAGAGAAGUCCUGGUCUGAUCAGAGUGGCGACAGUGGAGGAGGUCGAGACUCAUCGCAUUAAGGUCCAUUAUGACGGCUGGAGUCAUGUCUAUGAUGAGUGGAUGGACUCAGAUCACCCCGACAUCCACCCAGCAGGCUGGUGUGAGGCGACCAGUCACCCACUCAAAGUUCCCCCUCGGGAUGCCCAAACACAGCAGCCACAUGGUGUGAGGGAGCCUCCUGCCACAGGCCUGUCCACCUACCUGUCCUCUGUUCCCUGUAAACCCAUCAACCACCCCAGAGCCAACAAGUACAGCUUCCACAACAGGAAGUGUCCAACUCCUGGUUGCGAUGGUUCAGGCCACGUAACCGGCCGUUUCACUGCCCAUCACUGCAUAUCCGGCUGCCCGUUGGCUGAGCGUAACCAAGGCAGGCUGAAGGCCGAGCUGUCGGACUCAGAGUGCAAGAGGACCAUCUUCUUUGGCCAGAGGACCAAGAAGACCCAUUACCGUGGCAGAAUUGGCCGUCCACCCAAAUACAGGAAGAACCAGCAGAGAGACUUCCAGAACAUGUCUUCAGAGGGCGUGUAUCCGUCACUGUUCAUGUCUGCUCUGAGCAGCCAGUCGGACAGGACUCUGUCUCUGUGCUGGGAGCAGCACUGUAAGCUGCUGCCAGGCGUUCAGGGCAUUCACGCCAGCCAGGUGGCAGCAUGGAACGUUGAAGAGGUCUUCAGGUUUGUCCAGAAUCUAAUCGGCUGUGAAGAACAGGCUCGUCUCUUCAAAGAAGAGAUGAUUGACGGGGAGGCCUUCCUGCUGCUGACCCAGACCGACAUUGUGAAGAUCAUGAGCAUCAAGCUAGGCCCCGCCCUCAAGAUCUCCAACGCCAUUAUCAUGUUCAAGAGCACAGACGAGGUACUCAAGUGAUCCCGUCCCUCACCUGACCUGUGGCGUCGGGUCGUCGAUCAUCGUGUGCUAAAUUCAUUCUGUUGCAGGGAAAAGACC